GCUUGCCACUCAGAGCGCGCGCUGUAAACAAUAAUAAAACGCGCGCGGUUAGAGCUGAGAGCUCUGCCAGAGCAGUACAAACCAGCGCUGCGAGGCCGAGAGGAGCCUCCGCGCGAUAGCGGCCUGAGCGGCCGGAGAGCAGCAUGGAUGCCCCAUCAUCCCCCGAGGAGCGGAGAGCUGAAGCAAUGCGGAAAAAGAGCCAUCCCGGCUCGCCACCGAUCGAGCUGAAAGGCAGGGAGAUAGAGAGCACAUUGACUCCGAAAGCGCAACCGAUGCCGGCGCCGCCGCCGCGGCCCCAGAAGCCGCCUAUCGUAAAAGAAGACGACGACGCCGUCACAGCCAUCAGAUUCGACGAUGAGGACGCCGCGGCCGGCGCGCGACGCGUCAAAAGAGCGCUCACGGUGCUCGCCGACGCCAAACGACCGAGUAAAACGCGAGCCGCCGUGGCCGAGGCGCUCGCAACAAUGUUGAGUGGAGACUCCGAGGCGUCCCGAGGCUGCCUCCGACUGCGAGGCUCUCAAGCUGGUGUUGAUUUAUUACCAGGAGGGGCAUCAUUAGCGUUUUUAAGAAGGGCCCAGCGCGCCCGGGGCUACACGGUCCUCUGCUGGGUGCGCGAGGCGCGGAGCUGUACGGAAUUCACGGCCGCGAAGAUCGGCCGCUGCCACGUUGUUGUUACGCCUGUCCGGGAAUCAGGCUCAUUGGAAUGGCGCGCGGAAGUGAAUCUGGGCGAUGGAAGAAGAAAGACGGCCGGCGGCCGCAGUGUAGACGAUGGAGGAGCUAAUGAUAGAGAUGACGGCGGCGCUGGUCAUUCAAACGAGAAAGAAGAUCUCGCGCCGCGCUGGCGGUUGUUAGCCGUGUCUCAUGCGCAAAAGUAUCUAAGUCCGGCCGAGGUCCAAGUAAGUGUCGACGGGCUGGCCGUGGGCGGCCCCGUCGCGGCGCAACUUCCCAUUGCGGAUUCAUCAAUACGCAUUUCCGUGUUGGAUGGUUUUGAUGGGGUUGCCGCCUCUAUAGCUUUGUUAGAGGGCGCCGCGUCAUUAAAAGCCUUACGGGGCGCGUUCUGGCGCGGGCCGCGCGGCGGGCCGGGCGCCGCGGCGGGCGCCUUUAGAAGGGGCGAGCAACAUGGGGAGAGUGACGACGAGGACGAGACCCAGGCGUCCCUGGCCAAACUGCGAGUUGCUUGUGCCUUGGAGCCCGGUCCUUGUGCGGCGUCGAAUUUCAUGCGAUGGCGUCGGGGCGAGAGUGAGCGCGUGGGGGAAACAACAACAAAAAUAAAAAAACGCAGGCCGCGCCGGCCAGGGAGCUUGGACGCCGCGCGGCGGCGGCGAGACGUCCGGUAGAGGAGUAGAUGUGGCCCUAGGCGGCGCGAAGCCCACGCGCAUCAUCCUGCGGAACGCGUCUAGUGAAAGAGGCGCCGCGGCGCGAUGUCGAGACGCCGUCGUCGCGAACGGCGGCUGCGCGGCCGUCGUGUCAAGUUGUGCGCCGGGCUGCGAGUCGGCCCUGCUGUUGAUAGUUGCCGCAUCACUAAGAAGGUGCGGCGCCGCGCACGCGGAGCGCGCCCUGGAAGAGAACGUCUUCGCGUUGCUGGCCACGAAAGUUACAAAAGGUGAAAGUGCAAGGAGCGCCUGGGCCGCGUUGGAUGCCGCUGCCUACGCGCUCGGAGCCGGCUCGCAGCUCCACGCGCGGUCGUUGGGUGAUUUAUGGGCGUCCUCGACCUGGGCACGAGACAGGUCAGAUGAUCGUAGAGUAGCUUGGCUCGAGCAGGCGGCUUUACGGUGUUCGGCUGCCGCUCGAGCGCCGCCGCGGCGACGGAGGUCCGCACGGCUAUUCGCGUCGGCAUUGAGACGAGGUGUCGGCGUCGAGAAGCUGUUUAGGGUAGCGCGAUCACUACUGAGGGACGUGGACGAUCCUAGUAAAAAAGCGAGAGGCGCCGCCGCAGCUCGACAUUUAGCCACGGCCGCGUUGGUCGACGAGAUGCGACGGCCGGGCAAAGAGUCGGACGGCCUUGACGGUGCUCGAGCGUGCUGCCGGUGCGUCCACGAUACAAAUGGAGACGCCGACGGGUCUGUGAGAGGGGCCUUCGUGGCGGCGCUGGGCCGCGCGUUGUCUGGAGCCGACGAUAUGUGUCGGAGGAGGUGCGCCGAGGGGUUGCGUUCAGUACGUUUCGCGGAGACGACGGCCCUAGCAAUAUUAGCGGACGAAGCGAAGACGAAGCCGUUACUGAAAAGGGCGGUAUUAGGACUAGCCCUGUGGCAGCACGCCUGGGUUGAUAGACAUUUAGCCAAACUCGUGGAAGCUACGCGACAAGAAAGUGCCAAUGACCAUUCAGACGACGAGGACCCUCUCGGAAGUGCGCGUAGAUUAUCUGAAGUAUUAAGAGCGCAACGGGACGCGCGUCGAAGCGCGCUACGAAGUGCCGCGACGCUAGCCUUGGCCGUGAGUGACGCCCUCGAGUCGAAGGCGUGGCAAGCAUCACAAAAUGAAAUCGAGGAAAUCAUCAGGACGCUCGGCGUUUUGGACGACGAGUCCUGGUUGGCUCCGCCUUUGUGGUUAGCUUUACCUUUAUUAGCGGCUGUUAUUAGCGAGGCGUCGUCUGAUAUCUCUGCCCGAGCCGUCGGCGCGGCGUGCGCUAGGGCCAAGUCCACGGAUCUCAAAGAGGUCUGUUCUUUGGAGGCGUGGUAUUCUGUUGGUGCUUUUGUGAAAUUAGCUUCCUCCGGAAAUACUACCGUGCGGUUAUUAUCCUUAGAUGCUCUAGGACACAUCUGUGUCAGAGCCAAAGCCUUGAACCCCGACGCGUCGCAUGCCGAAGAAGGCAUGGAGCUAGCACCAAGCGUGUGGCGCUCGUUAUGUAGGUGUUUGAACGCUAGAUCAGGACCGGCGCACGCACCUGCAUUAAUAGAUGUCCGAGCGCGCGCGGCGUUUGCCUCAAUAGCGUCGCAGUGCUGCCGGCGACUGGCCGCGGAGUGUUCAAAAAGUCCGCGGGACGCCUGCGUCGCCCUAUCACAAUUGCUUGCAUAUGUUGUAGAAUCCUUGUGGCCGGGACCGUACAUCCGGGGCGAAGCUAGACAGCGGAAUGGGGAAGUCUUGCUGUUCACGGACGGCAUCGUCGAACCCGUGAAGAUCGACCAGGACGCCAGAGACGCGGCGAACGACCAAGCCAAGUCUAUUGAAGAUGCGCAGGACGUCCUCCAGUUAGCUUCUGCUAUUGUUGAUGCUUCUAGAUCCGUGCGCAUGGUCUCCCAGUCACUCACGGCGCCGCCCUCGAAAGACGAUGCGAAGGGCUGGUACGGCGCGGCGCGUACAAUGGCGAAGAAGAUGGUCUCCGAUCAGGGCCGAGAGCGGGACCGGAAGCGAGACGCCGACGCCUGUUUACUGGCCUGUCGGCGCUGCGCUCGCACGCUGGGUCAUGCUCUGUUCUGGGCGAACGAUGCUUCUAUUGCUGAUGAAUUGCGAUUGUCUGUGCUGACGUCGAUCGCACUGGCGGACACGAACGAGUCCGAGACGUCGCUCGGCUUGGCCGUGGCCGCCCGGGACGACGCGCUGCACGCCUUGGUCUGUCUGCGCGAGUUUUCUCGUAGAGAUGGAGACGCUUCCCCUUGUACCUUACAGCUCGUCAAGAACCUCUACGCGCACGGCAAUUUCUUAACACCAGGCUCGCCCCAGCGGCGCCAGUCGGUGCACGGUGGCAUAGCAGCAAAAAAGGCCGCCGAUGCGAUCGCGCCCUGUAUAAAUGGGAAGGACGCGACGCAGUGCUUCGCUUUAUUAGCUGAAAGGUUAGAUGAAGCGUCCCGAAGAGACCGCGACGAUGUUGAAUUACAAAUAGCGUCGUUCGCGGGCGACGACGCCUUCGAGGAGAUUGAUAGUUCGAGAUGGCUACGGCCGGACGACACCGACUUGUCGAGACGAGCGGCAUCCGCGUUUGCCCAUUGUGCACUCGCUCGUGCCACAGCUUCCAAGAGGAGGGAGGCGGCGGAUAAUCGGGAUGCGAGAAGGCGGCUGAUGGAUGCUACCGAAGGCAAGCGCAAGACGCGGGAUGUACGGGCGGUGCUCGGCUGUUCUGUACAGGUCGAAGGACAGACGAACUGGUCAUUAGCGUCGUCUUUCGGCGACGGUCUCAGGAACGCUUCUGUGGUAGCACCUAGGGAAGACGCUGCGGUCGAGCUGAAGGCGCACGACGACCCGCGCGAGGUCGAGGCGCAGAUUAGGAGAGCCCAGGCCGCCCACGACGCCGUCAUCCGCAAGCGUGAAGAGGUGGCACAGGCGCUGAACGCGAAGCAGUCGCGGUCGCAGGAGGUUUCCGAUGAUGAUGAAGAAGAGGAGGUGAAGCCGUCGCCCCAGAAACAGCAACAGCCAGUUCAGGAUGAUGAUGAGGAAGAGCACGACGAUGUUGUUCUCGAAUUAGAUGACGUGGCCCGCGUGACGCGGAAAGGUUUAGUACGGGGUCGCUUCGUGCUCACGGAGCAGUCCUUCAAGUGGAGAGGGGGCGAGUCGUACGACGGUAGACUGAACGACGUCUCCGCCGUGCUUCUGAGACGAUAUAGGUUGAGAGAUGCCGGCGUCGAGAUCUACGCUUCAAGUGGUGAGUCCUUGUUCCUAGAUUGCACGGCGGAACGGUUAGUACCCAGAGACAUCACGGAGACGUUUUCCGACGACGAUGCUUCAGACAACGACGAGCCGGGUUCACCAACGCCGUUCGGGGACCGACGGUCGAGCCUGGAGCCGCCUUCUCUCGACCAAGCCGUGAAAGAUGGUAAAAGAAGGGACGAAUUGGUGCGGAAGCUCAUCUCCAGUGUAAGAACGGCUCGAGCUCGAGGUGGCGGGAACGGCGAUCGCGGCCCGCCGGGCUUGUUUCCCCUGUUGCAGGCGCCUAAAACACAUCCUAGGCGACUAUUGAGGAGAGCCACGCGGUGCUGGCAGGAGCGGCAGUUGUCGAACUUCGACUAUUUACUGAUAGUAAAUGCUUUAGCUGGCCGGUCCUUCGAAGAUCCCUGUCAAUACCCGGUCAUGCCCUGGGUCAUCUGCGACUUCAAGAGUCAUACUCUAUAUUUAGAUCGACCCCAGACCUACCGAGACCUCCGGAAGCCGAUGGGGGCCAUCAACGAAGAUAGGUUAAGGGAGACGGUCAAGCGCCACGACGCCUUUGAUGAUACGCACAUGCCGAAAUUCCACUACGGGUCGCAUUAUUCUACCGCUGCCGGUGUCGUGGUGCACUACUUAGUAAGAUGCCGGCCCUGGAGUGAAUUACAUUGCGAUUUGCAGGGUGGCCGGUUUGACGUCGCCGAUAGGUUAUUUGCUUCGGUCUCAGAUGCCUGGGACGCGAACAGCGGUGCCCGCGGCGAGAAGGCCGGCAACGAGGUGAAGGAGCUGACGCCGGAGUGGUACUCGUCGUCGGCGUUUCUGGUCAAUAGAGGCAGGCUCCCGCUCGGUGCCGCGCAGGACGGGCGCGAGGUCAAGGACGUGGCCUUGCCGCCCUGGGCUGAAAACUCACCUUCGAAGUUCGUGGCCGGCAUGCGUUCAGCUUUAGAACAUUCCUACACGUCCUUGCAUUUACACGACUGGUUAGAUUUGAUCUUUGGGCGGAAGCAGCGGGGACCGCUUGCGGUAGAGUCGGCCAACGUGUUCUUCUACCUGUGCUACGGGGAUCAAGUUGAUCUAGAUGCGAUCGAGAACCCGAAACUACGAGCGGCCACUGUACUCCAAGCGUCGCACUUCGGCCAGUGCCCGCUCCAGCUCCACUCGACGCGGCCGUGGCCCUGCCGCGGGCCGCCGCCGCGCUGGCGGCCCCGCGUGUUAACCUCACAAGUGCAGGACGACCCGCGGUUGCAGUGCUUCGUGCCAAGGGAACCGGCCAACGAGUCGCUGGCCGUCGCGCGCGCGGCGGGGCUCUUCCACGGCUUUCGAAGUAGUUCACCGUUGGCCAUAAGGGCGACCGCGGGUAGAGUUGUCAUCAUCGACGGCGGCGGCGACAUCUGCGUCCUGGGCUGGGCCGACGACCUCGUCGAGGAAGAGACUGACGUUGGAAGGAGGCGGUGCUCGCUGCGGCCCCUCGCGGCACCAGACGAGUUAGUAAAAGGCCCGUCGACGGGCGAGCAGGCGGUGGAAAGAGUCGUGUGCCGGGACGCGUCGCAGCUCGGCGUGUCCUCAUCUGCUGAAUGUUCCAUCUCGGUCGAUGGUGCACUCAUUGCAUCAAUUGAUGUAGAUUACGUUGGAGCCUUGCGAGUGACGCAGCUGGAUCUAGGCGACGACGGCCAGGAGGCCGUCGACGUCCGAGCAAGGCCCUGCGGCGAGGCUUCUGUGGUGUGCUUUGAUUGCGACUUAACGCUCGUAAAGUGCGGCGAGGGCGACGGCGAGCGGAUCGGCGCGGACCCUGCUGCUGGGGCGCCACCAGCUCUAGAUGUGUCUAUACUGGUAGGUGCCGCGGACGGCCGCGCCGGCGUCUGGCGCGUGGACCGCGCGUCGCGGCCCUGGCCGCGGAGGGCGCGGCUACGUCGCCGGGCGGACGUCGUCUUCCGCGGCCACGACGCGGCCGUCGUCGCCGGGGUGCUAUCGAGGGAGCUGGGCGUCUGCGUGACGAACGCUGUGGAUGGCCGCACAUUAGUCCAUUCGUUACGAGACGGUGCUUUGUUACGGGAGCUCGUCGCCUCGCGGCCGUCGACGUCGCCCGCUAUUGCCGUGGGGCUGAGCGGCCCGCUGGCGUUGGUUGCCUUGGCGCGGCCGGUCGGGCCCUCCACACUCCUCGAUGUGCACGACGUGAACGGCGGCUGCAUCGGUGAAGCGUGCGUCGCCUCGAAGGUCUGCUCGGCGCACGUCUGCGGGCCGCUCGGCGACGUGCUUGUUGUGGUGACGUCACAUAGUGUCGAGCUGCGGGCCCUGCCGUCUUUACAACUAACGAAGAAGGUGGACUCGAAGCUUUUCGCGCCGCCGGGCGAGGCGCCGACGCUCUCCUUGUUAACGUUCGCGCCGGACCCGCUGGCGCCGUGUGCCGCGGUCGCGGCGUUUGACGAUGGUCUUGUAGCCUUGCGCGUCCUCGCCGGUUCCGAGGCCUGGGCCGAACGGCGGUCCCAGCGCGCGACGGGCGUCGUCGCGGCCGCGUCGCGACGGGCGUCCCAAGUCAUGCGCUUCGCCGCCUCUGUGGCUUCGCGGGGCAACGAGGUCGCGUCGGCGGCGCGCGAUGUUGUGGGAGAGGCGCGGGCCCAGCGGCUUCCCUCGUUUACUACUGCGACGAAACUCGUGAGCGGCUUGCUGCGGGGGCGGUCGUCUGCCGCGUCGUUUGACCAGGAUGAUUAGUGUGUGGUGUA